CGCAAAGCGGCAUGUGACGAACUGUCAUCCUCGAAGAUACUCUUCCCAACACUCUUAACCGAAAGGACUUACCAAGCAGCGAGAAUGAAAGUUGUGGGACCUACAUGCGCUCUGAAGAGCAAGGUCGGCGGAGACGAGGUAGUGCGCUGCCUGUCGGAUCAGAGCCUGAGCAUCUCCAAGUGCAAGCUGCCGCUGCUGGAUGAGCACAUGAGCGUCUUUCUGCAGGACAUGAACAGCUGCUACAGCAAGCUCAAGGAGCUGGUGCCCACGCUGCCCGCCAACAAGAAGGCCAGCAAGGUGGAGAUCCUUCAGCAUGUCAUCGACUACAUCUGGGAUCUUCAGGUGGAGCUGAACGAGCCAGGAAAGAAGAGCUCCACUCCGCGCAGCCCCCUCACGACUCUUAACGCAGAGCUCGGCAGCAUCUCUGUCGAGAAUGGCUGCUCUGAUGACAGAAUUGCGUGCCGUUAAGAAGGAACACGCACCAGACCAACUCCAACUCCGGGUAUCCACUUGGUGCACGUUAGAGCAUCCCUGACCAAGCAAGAACCAAGAGUCCUGCUUCACUCCUGACGCACUGAACUAUGUGUGGUGUAUGGUGACUCACCCGGUGUACAGCAGACUGUGGUCAAAUCUACGAGGACAUUCCUCGGUCAAAUCAGAUAUGAAAUAUGUCAUGAUCAUAGAUUCGUCAUGUCUCAUGUGGGGCUGCAACUUCAGCACAGAUGGCUGUCUGCUGUGGAAUCCACGGCACCGUUAACAACACGCAGCCAGAUCCCCAUGUCUGAUGUUGUUGCAGUUUUCUUUUCUAUUCUUUCGAGUUUUCUCUCCAAUGCUUUUUAUACGGUCACACCUUUAGAAAGUUUUAUAUUGUGUUUAUAAAGCGUUGAUUUUCUCAGAUUGCUGAGCAAAAAACUAAAAAAACCCAGAAUGUAUUGUAUAUUACAAUGGACGUCUUAUUGUGUUUUUUACAAUGUAUAUCUAUCUGAUGUUUUUUUUAUUAAAACAAGACCAAAAAACCUUA